AUGUUGUCAGGGGCCCAUGGUGCUGCUGUGGACACCAGGCUCCUGAGUGCAUGUGAGUGUCCUGGCUCUGCAGCUGCAGCCAAACAGCAGCCAGAAGAUGUUAAUGCUUUGAUAAAUGCUUAUGAGUUGAUCAGAUCAGCCAGUCGAGGAAAAUCGGUGCUUACCUCAUCAGAUAACCUCAGUGCCGACGUGUAUGUUUUAUGUGCUGAACAAGCAUUUCAGCUGGGAUAUCGAGAAAUAAGCAGUGACUGUCUGCAGAUGUACUUUAAAGAAAGAUUUCCUGUGAACCAGUUUCUUGGCAGAGCCUAUUUGUGCCAAGGCCAGUUGCACACUCCACUCUCAACAGAUAAUUUGGAGGAGUUUGAAAAAUUUGUGCUGUUCUUUAUCAAGGCAAUAGAUUUUGCCCUACAUGAUCAAAGGUACUAUUUUUUGGUAUAUAAUGCCUCAGUCCUCUAUUGGCAGCUCGUGAGGCCGUACUUGAGGCCUGGGUUCCUCCACUGCCUCAUUCCCAGCCUUUCUCGGGUUGUUCAAGCACUAAACCAGACUGAAGAGCCAGACAGUGAAUGGAGAGCAGAGCUCAUGAUAAAUUUACUUGAGUGCUUCCUCGACGCUUCAAAACUGAAAGAAGCAAAAGAGUUUUCCUCUAGUGCAGCAGUCUUUAUUAAGGAAAAUGUUCCAGAUAAAUACCCUCAAAUAUUUUCUCUAAUGGUGUAUCACAAACUAAUGGAUAUUUCCCAGGUAGAGGAGGAAAUACAAAGUUCCAUCCAUUUUUCAGUUAUUUAUAAAAUGCAGAUGUUGAAAUGGGUUCCUCUGAUUAUGGAAUUAGCUCGUUUUUCUAUGAAAGUAAACUGCAUUAAGCUUGCAUAUGAUUGUAUACUUGAUUUGAAGAGAGCUGUGAUUACUGAACAAGGGAAGCUUAUUGAAAUAGAAUGCCUGGAAUAUGAAUAUGAAGUUAAAAAAAUGGGCACUAAAAUUGCAACUUACACCAAAGGAAUUGUUGAGGCUCAGCUGGAAUUGGUAACAAAUCUUGAGUUAACCUUAAAACGUGCAGUUCAGCUGGGAGAUCCAGCUGUGGUUCAAGUUGUUUGUGCCACCCAGUGGGGUCUGUGCUUGCCACUGCUGCAGCGCGAGCUGCGCCGGCGCCUCCGGACGCCACUCGUGGCAGUCGCUGAUGUCCUUGAGGAGAUGGACAGCUCACUGAUUUUGUUGCGUUGUCAAGUUCAUAUGGAAAUAGCUUGUAUUGAAGAGGAUGAGGACAGACUAGAGGCUGCUGUGGCACAUUUGCAAAAAGCUGUCCAUCUGGACACCAGUGGGCAGUACCAGGAGCAUCUGAGGUUGCGUUUAAACCGUCUUUGCUUGUGCACUGGGCUGUGUAAGUCACCUGGGCGUCCAGAGGAUCAGGCAAUCAUGAUGAUUGAACAGGCUAAAAGGGGAAAGCAGAACGAUGAGAGGAAAAAGAGAUUUCUUCUGGUAAAUGCAGGUCUUGCACUGGCUCCUGAUUCAUUUCAAAUAGUCCUUGACAGUGAAAACGAAACUAAAGUUUCCUCAGGUAAAAGUAACAGUCAGACAAGCUACCUCUGUGCAAAAGCACAACAUCAUACUAAAAAUGUGAAGAAAGUUGAUGAACAUUUGAAACAAUUAAGAAAUGAAAAUGACAGAGAGAGAAUUGUACUUUGGGCAGAUUUGGCAAAAGUUGCACGUAAACAGGAAGUAUGGGACGUGUGCCGUGCUGCCUGCAGGUUUUGUCUCUUGUAUGAUGAUACUUUGUUUAGGAAAGUAACACAACCUGAAAACACACAGAAGGAGAAAACUAAAACAGCCAUGAUGGGUGAUGAUCAAGGUGACACCUUAUCAGGAGAAUUACUACCUGCUAAAUCCUUCUCUUUUGAAAGAGAUUUACUCAGAAUAUUAGCAGAAAUAAGAUUCAUUAAUGCAGAGGCAACUGUUAAUUUAAUAAGAUUGCAGGGAGUUGAACUGAACGAUCAAGCGGUGCCUCCAGAAGACACAAGCCAGUGUCCAGGAGGUGUUUCAUGUGUUCCUGAAAGUGAUCCAGAGUGGAAAACAUACAGUUCAUGGAUAGACUACUUAUCCCAGUAUGCUAUGGAAAACUUCCAGCGUGCAGCUGAAAUAGGAGAAGAGUUGAAAGAAACCUGGAUUGUGCACAAUGCUGUGGUGUAUGUCCUGAACUACAACAGACAUCUUAUCUCUGGAGGAAGACAGAGGAAAAUUAUGGAGUAUCUGCAGACUCUUCUUAGAGCCAUCAAGACUGUUGGGCACAAUGGAAAUACUUCAAUUUUAUUGAUGUUAUGUAAUGCUUUGGCUCGAGGCUUAAUUCUUUGUUGGAUUCCAAAACCAAAACUUGCUGAGCCGGAAGAAAAAGCUGCACCUUUUUCAGUAGAUCCUAGUGGACUUCCUGACAUCAGAGCUGCCUUAGAGAUUUGUGAAUUUGCCCUAAAUGUGGCAACUGGAACCCCACCUGGUGAAGCAGUACCUGUUGCUGCACAGCAACAGAUCAUUGCUACUUGGGUGAAAGCAAAACAGUUGCAUCAACAGCAGAUUGGACAUGAGCUUUGGAUGGAGGAGAAGAAUAAUGAUGAAGCACAAAAUACUAUGGAAAGAAUCCUUGUUGGUCUGGAAAUGUAUUCCUGUAAUGGCUUGGGUCUUAUGGACUUCACUGUUCCUAGCUUAUCUGAGUUAGUGCAACUGGCUUUGGAAUGCAGUUGGUCAGAUUCCUUAGUGGAGGUGCAGGCACUGGCACGACUUGCGUAUUUUGCCUACGUAUCCCAUGACUAUGAGGCAGUGAUGACCUGUGCCAGAAGGGUCUUGCAAUCAGAUGAGGGUUUUUGCCACCGUAGAGAUGUUAAGGAAUAUGACACGCCUGGUAACAGAUUGAGACAAGAACUGUUAAGCACUGCUGCCUUUAUACAAGGGAAAAGCAUCAUGGAAAAUUGGAAUGGAAGAAAACAUUUGCGUGUAGCUGCAUCAAAAGCCUUUGUUCAGAGUGCCAGGUACGCAGGUGAAGCCAGAAGUUACUCCCUGGUAAUGUUUGCAGCUAGACACUUUUGGAAUACCUGUUUACCUUUGUUAGGAUCUCCACGUGACAGAGAGCAUGAAGCUGAUGGAAAUUUUUCCGUGGACUUCCACAAUGAGAAGAAAGAAAUGUUGCCCUUGCAUCAGUGGGCUACAAAGGAUUUUCAAAGUGCUGAGGAAGAUCUGACAUUAAGGACCUCCUUAUAUGGGUUAUUAUUCCACAUAUAUGCUGAUAAAGCUUAUUGGAAGGCAGCACUAAAAGUCCUGGAUGAAGCUAUUCAAGUUUUGCCUCAGACAAGACACAGACUCCUGAUUUUUAAACACAUGGCUACAACAAAGGCAAGAUUGGGACGCAGUUUUAGGAUGGACAUUCAGAAAUUUGAAGAUGAAAGUGAAGAUUAUUUGUCACGAAUAUGGCGUCAUUUGGUAUCAGUCUCCAGAAGUAUUGUUGGACAGUUGAGCUGUUUUCAAAAUGCAAUCACAGCUUUACAGAAACAAGAAAAUGAAUGGCAGAAAGUUGAUUAUCUAUUGGAAUUUGCUGAGUGGUUAUAUUGUAACCAGUUUCCCCUCAAGGAUGUUAUUGAACCGCUGAACUGGGUGGUAGAUCUCUUGCUGCACAUGAAGUUUUCUAUGCAGUCUUCACAAGAAGAAGAAAAUUUGAAGGUAGACAGUGGAGCAAAGGAUACCUUGGCCCAAAUUAAUUUGGAAGAUUUGAAUAAUAUUAAACAACUGGAAGCUUUAUUUAGAGCACAGACUUUAAUGGCUGUAAUUUCUGGUCAUAGUUCUCCUUUUCACCAGCAGCACUGUUUGAUGGCACAUGCUUGUGUCCUCCGGAUCUGGCAGGUAUCGUUGUCAGCAUCAGGACCGAUUGCAAAAGAAUUAUCAAAGUCUUCACAACCUACAGCUCCUAAGAAAUCAGGGUCAAAAAGUGUUCCUAAAAAAGAGAAAGACAAAAAGAAAGAGAAACAAGAGAAGGUCCAGCAACCUCCUGGGAAUGUUGAAGCUUCUUCUGUGAGAGGACCAACAGUUACCUUACCAGCAAAUGUGGAAGGAUGGGCUCGUUAUGACUGUCCCAGUGAAAUCAGAGAGGCUUUUAAGCAGCCAACAAAUAGCCAUGGCAUUAACUGGAAUAAUUUCCCAAAACCUACUUACACUUUGUAUUUUCUGGAUCUUCUAUCUAAAGAACUGCAGAAGAUUUUUUGCCCCCACUUGAUUCUUCCCAUCUUUCAGCUAGCUGAAGUUAUUGCUAAUGAAGUUGUGGAAUGUAGAAGUCUGUCUAAUCUCUAUCACCUUCGAAUUGCUCUGAUAUGUUCAGACCUAAAACUGACUCAGGCAUCUCUGUACCACGAGAAAGCUGCUGGAGAAGCACACAUCAGCGAAUUAGAACAAGCAAUGUGUAGGCAAGCAAUUGCACUGAAAAAAGAGAAGACUGUACAUACUAAGACAGAAGAAAGAAAACCAUUUUUUGAAAAUGCACAGCCAAAUGGCAGUGAGGAGGAGAAUGUCCUUACUUCAACUGAAAAGGUUUUUGAGUUAAACGUGGAAACAGGAAAAGGUCUGAGUGCCCUUUCUUUCCCUCACUUGUGGAUAGAAAAAGCUGAAGUACUAAUUCAGCUGGGCUUGUAUCAGCCAGCAAGACUUCUGCUUUCAGAGGCCCAUGCUGCAACUCAGGAGCUGGGGUCCCGUUAUGAUGUCUCCAGGUGCUUGUACUUACUUGCUGUACUGGCUAACCUGGAGAGAAACCAUGGUCAAGCCAAACUGCUCCUAGAGAAAGCACAACUUCUAGGAGGAAAUGAACAAUUUUGGUACAACAGUACUCUUGCUCUAACGGAAGCAAUUCUAGAGGAAGAGGGGGAAGGAAAACAGAGCAUGGCUUGUGAGGUAGUAGAGCACACUGUGAACGUGCUCAGAUCUGCUUUACUGAAGACACCUAACAGACAAUCAGAGUUGGAUUUUAUAAUUUCAUCCCUUGAAGCCAGGAUGAUUGCCAAGCAGGAAAGAAAUGAAGAAGAAAAACAUAAUCACUACCUAGAGGCUUAUAACUUGGCUCAGAGGGCAGUAUCCAAAUCAGAGGAGGUGUUUCAUACUGUUUGUAGCUUAUUUGCAGUUAAUGAGACUACAAAUAUUAGUAUUCCGAUAAUGCGGCAAUUAGCUAACAGGAAAAUAAAUCUUGUAGAAAUUCUUUUGGAUAUAUUUAAUCUUGUUAUUACUGAGAAAAAGCUUAAAAAAGUGAGAGAAGCAUCACCUCAUGAAAUUGUGGAGACAUUAAUCAGGAGAAUGAUGGAAGAUGAUGCAACAGAACAGGCUUGGAGGUGUAUGGAAUUAUCCGUGGGUCACGUCGCCCUGGCUCAGUUAGCAAGCCUACAGAGUCUUUGUUGGGGCUGUCCUGACAUGAAAUCCAAAUGCCUGCAUCUCACUGGAAAAACUCUUCGUUUACUUGCCAGUAACACAGAUCCAGUACAUUCAGACAUUUACUGGAGGCCAGAUGAUGUGAAGGAACAUAGGUUGGCUCAGAAAUACCUUUCUCAAGCCAGUGAAGCUCUCCUGCAGUGUUUGGGCCUGGCUUUCACUCACAGCAUGACUGAGGUGCUGGCGUCUGCAAGCUUGGAAAUGGUUGAAUGCUUCCAGCAGUUUGACCCAGGUUCAACAAGCCAGUUUUUGGCUCUUCAUCAGAGCUGUUCAGCAUCUCUGAUGAUGAAGAGAGUCCUUCUAACAGUUACAUCUGACACCAGCAGCUCUCAGCUGGCAGCACUACUGCAUCUUCAGAAUCAUUUAAAACAGAACAGAAGCACAAGUGAUCUUCUAAAAAAUGUGGAACAGCAACUGGCUGCUACUUCAGUGGCAUGGAGAAAUCUUUGUAUUCCUGUUGAACAUUUUAAUAUAAUAGAUGAAUUGUCAACCAAUUUCUACAUAAUUAUUCUCCAGCAUUCAGAAGACAGAUCAAAUUUGUACAGUUCAUUGAUUAAGAAGCCAAUAGUAAAUACUGCACAGCAAAAAGGAAAACCCACUCAGCCAGUGGCAAUGCAAGCUCAAGUUUCUCGAUUUCCUGUGAAUUCUGAUACAUUUGGUGUUUUGCUGGAAAAAGUGCGUCUUUACAAGCAGCAAAAGAUGAAGAGUUACCUUAAGCAGACUGUCAUUCAGAACUUGCAAGAGUGUGUCUCCAAAACAGAUGUGACUCCAACAGAGAGAACCGAUGAUGAUGGACAUGGUUUGACAUCAGAUUUCUCUGAAAUACUAGAGAUUAUGGAAGAAUAUCUGAAACCAGUGCUGUCCCAGUUUGAUUUUUCUGAUACCAGAAAACAGAGCAUAACAGUUUUAGCACCUGAAAAUAAAAUAAAAGAAGGGAAAAAAAAGGUGAAACAGAAGGACACCAAACAGACUGAAAUGCAGGGUGUACCUAUGGAUUUAGGAUUGUGUGUGGUUUUACUGGGAGAUGCAUUAUUUAUGGAAUUGCCUUUGGAAGCUCUGAGUGUUUUUAAAGAGGAAGGAGUGAGUUCUGUAUCCAGAGAUUUUUCUCUCCAGAUUCUUUACAAUCGAAUACAUCUGGCUGGAUCAGAGACUCAAGCUAAAACACAUAUUGAAAAACGUAAAGAAACAAAAUCAAAAGCUCAUCAGAAAAAGAACGUCAAAAAGACACCAGUUGAUUCUGUUCCAUCCUCUAAUUGCUUGCCUGUUGAUACUCGUAAUUUUAAAUACAUUGUGGAUCCCUAUGAUGAAGGAAGAGAUGCAGAAGCUUUCAGUCCUUCUCAAAAAAUAAAGGAAAUCCUAGAAAAAUACCAUGACCCAUUUACAGUACACUGGGAAGGAGUUAUUGGCAACAUACACGUUCCAAGUCAAGCUGACUGGGAGCAGCUGCUGACAAACUGCAGUGCAUUUCUAUUCUACGGGAUGGAGAGAUUCAUGUCCCAUGUUUUACCCAGCAGGCUGGUUGCUAUGAACAUCCCAGGAUGCCAUUUGAUGAUGCUCCUAGAUCUGGUGCGAUCGAAGCAAAGUUAUCAAAGAAUUAGAAACUCCAGUAUCCACAAAAGCUGUCUACAUACUGCUGUAGAGGGGUCAACAGAGACAGCAAUGCUCCUGAGCCUUGCUGGUGUCCGCUCCAUGCUGAUCAACCAGUGGUUCACCUCCGCGCAGGAGAACGCAGAGAGGCUCGAGGUUGUGUCCCAGAUGGCCGCAGGAGUUCCCGGGUCCCCCGGGGACACGGCAGAAGAUCAGGCCCCUCCUCUUCCUGCCGCUCUCCCGUCGCGGUCCAACUGUGUCCUGUACGGUUUGCCCAACCUCACCAGGGCGUAG